AUGCCAGCGAACGUUACGGUUCCAACCGAGGAGGACAAGUAUCGUGCAGUAUCCCACCUUCUGUCGUCCUCUGGACACGAUGAUCCAGAGUAUGCCCAGAAAUGCAUCAGGCUUGCCGACCUAUUGUCAAGUUGCUAUCACACCUCAGGUUAUCUCGAUAUCGUUGACGACCUCACGUCUGCCAUUUCAUUACGCCGUCGAGCCCUCGAGCACGUCAUGAUCAGUGUUGUCGCUACGGCGCCGUCAUCGACCCUUCUAAACAUCAAGCUUUCCCUAGCCCGAGAUUUAGUCUCAUACUAUCGAGAAAUGCGCUCCUCCGUCGAAUUCAAUGAAGCCAUAGAGCUUCUCAAGGAGGUCAAACGAUCAGAGACCGUCCCUCCCGUGGACGCUCUCACUACCCUGGCGGAUGCUCUUAUUGAACAGGCUUCGUUCUUACUCUCGAAUAUCGCAGGAUUAGAUGAAGCUCUUAGUUUGCUUCGAGAGGCUCAGGCCUUCGCAGGCCAGACGGAUGCCCAGGUUUCUCGCAUCUUCAGCCUGCUCGGUAUGGGCCUGCGAAUGCGAUUCUUCGUCACUUCCGAUAUCUCUGACCUCGACGCCUCCAUUCAAAACUUCCGCUCCGCUAUCACAGCGUGUGGAUCCUCUUCUACCCCUACCCGCGACGUAUCUCGCUACCGCCUGGAUCUCGCUGACGGCCUCGACAUACGAUAUUCCCGAAACCAUGACGAUAUUCAAAGCCUUUCAGAGGCAAUAUGGAUCUACCGCACCACCAUCCUCGCCCUUCAAUCAACGCCAGGGUACCUGCCGAAAUAUAUGUACAAACUCGCCGGAAUGUUGUCCGCGCUCAGCAUUCACAACCCGGAUGACGAGUCAGCGUUUGAGGACGCAUUGGAGGCCUUCAAGUCGGUCGCUCUACUUCCCCAAGGCUCCAUUUUCUGGCGUCAUCAGGCUGCAUGUACCUGGGUGCGCUUCGCAGAAGAGCGGAAGCAUACGUCGACGCUGGACGCGUACCGUCGCCUCGUACAGCUUCUCGUGGAUGUUCCUCUUGAGAGCUGCAUCUGGCGAGUUCUUGGAGCACGUACGUGGGACGCUCAUGUGGAGCUCGAGCACCACGACCCGUCCGCGAAGUAUAAAGGAAUCGGCGGGUUUAUGGUGGUGUUGAAUGCGGCUGAGCACUCUUGCGAUGCGUUGGUCGUUUUCCCUUCCAAUACGAUCACCCAUGUCCCUCUCCCUCGGGUAUCGUUAGAUGAGCUCCGGAAGCUGCACGAGAACCGUGGUUCCAGCUUGAACAUGCUGAAACGCGCAUCCAAAAAGAUGUCAGCACACGGUGCUUCCGAUGCAUUAGGUGCUUUAUGGGAUACCAUCGUCCAUCCCAUACUAUCCGUACUCGGCGUUCUGACCUCAGGAGAUGAUAUCACAGCUGAUGACACACCGCACACGAAGCAGCGAGUCUGGUGGUGUCCUACCGGUCCAUUCAUAGGACUGCCUCUGCACGCAGCGCAGCCACAGAAAGGGCCAGGUUGUCUGGACUUCGUCAUAUCGUCCUACACGCCUACGAUCACCUCCCUCUUGGACGCUACUCGAGCCCCAGCAUCUACAGGUCCUGCCAACCUAUUCGCCAUCGCCCAGCCAAACACACCUGGUAUGAACCCCUUACCCUACGUCCGCCACGAGAUGGCCCGUAUUCAGUCUAUCCUUCCACCCGAACAAUGUGUAAUCCUAGAGGGCGCAUCAGCUACCGUCGAUUCCGUCCGGUCAUACUUCGAAAGAAACUGCCCUCAGUGGAUUCAUUUCGCAUGUCACGCGUCGCAGAGCCCCAAGAUGACUUACACCAGUGCUUUUCAUCUCUACGAUGGUCCACUGGACCUGAACGAGCUCAUGAGGAUAUUGCGUCAGCGUGCCGACCCAAUGUCACAAUUGGACUCAAACCCGUCUCAAUCUCCUGCGACUGAUCAAGGAUCAGCGAGUAGCCAUCCGGAAGAAUCCAGACCUCGAGCUUUAUUUCGGGAAGAAUUCGCAUGCUUGUUGGCCUGUCAUACCGCUGCAACACAAUCGAGCACUUCUGGAGCCGAUGAAGCCCUUACAGCCGUUUGCAUAUGA